AUGAACGAGCGCCGUCGAGCUUUCCUCCCUCGACUGCUCCUCUACACCGCCGGUGCUGCCGGAAUCUUCUACGGAGUCUCCACAGUCGUUGCUCUGAACAACCAGGCGUACCAAGACUGGUUUUCUGACUCUGUUCCCUUCGGAGAAGAUAUCCUUGACUACCUUGACACUCAUGACGUCCUUUCCGAGGCAAAGAGGCUAGACUAUGGCGGUAUCGGCUCCAACGCCGUAGACUCGAUCGGCGCCACAUACCACCGAGUGACAGAAGCAGCUGGGCGAGUCGUCUCUGAUGUGCAGGACGUUAGCUCCGAUGCAGCAAAGAGGGCAAAGGAUGCCGAGAAGGAGGCAAAGGCCAAGUUCCUUGAGGCUCGAGACCAGGCUAGGAAGCAGGUCGCCCGUGUUACGCCAGCAGGUGGAGCCAAGGAGGUAGAGAAGGGCGCAAAGGACGCGGCCAAGGACGCCAAGGCCGAGACUAAGAGCGCAAUUGACAGUCUCAAGGAGAAGAAGGAUAGUCUCGUUCAAAGGGCUACUAACGCUGCUGAAGAUGCUGAGAAGGAGGUCAAGCAGCGUGCAAAGGACGCCCAGAAGCAAGUCGAGAGCAGACUCGACCACAGCAAGGUCGGGUCCUCUGCCGCACCCUCUUCGUCUGCUCCGACUAAGCCAUACGAUCGACCCCUCCCCAUCUCACACGAAGCUCCUCAGGGCUACGUCGCUUCCCAGUCUGGCGACCGCAAGCUGAAGGCCGAGAAGAAUGAUGCUGUCCGUCUGCGUGCAGACCCACAGGCGCCCAAGCUGCCUCAGCUUCGCCCUGCCCUCUCUUCACUCACUGGCAGUGAGCCCAUGAUCGGCCAGCUUGCAGGCACUAUCGACGACCUUGCUGCCUUCUUGAAGGACACUCCCUCCUCUGGCACCAAUGCCAAGUACGUUCUAGACGAGGCCAAGGAAGAGCUACAGCGUCUGUCCAAGAGGCUCGACGAAAUCCGGAAGACGGAGCAAUCGCGUGCAGAGAAGACGUUGAGCUCUCAGGCUCAAAAGUACGAGAAAGAGCUGAAGCAGAAGGCCGACGAGCAAAGUAAGAAGUUCAGUCAGCUGGAUGCAGAGGGCAAGAAGAAGGUCACCGAGGAGCGGGAGAAAGCAAAGGCAGAGUACGAGACCCGAUUGAGGACGGAAUUGGACACACAAAAGGAGAUCAUCAAUGAGCGACUGAAGGAGGAAGUGGUGGCUCAGGGUGUGGAGAUGCAGAGGAGAUGGAUGACCGAGAUCAAGAAGCGCGUCGAAGAGGAGCGUGGUGGCAGGCUAGCCCGACUAGAUGAACUGGCAAGCGAGCUGGCCGAGGUGCAAGAGGUCACCUACAACAACUCGGCCGCUUUGGAGGAAGGCAGCAGCGCCCACCGAACGGCUGCUGCCGUCCGAGCGCUCUACAAGGCUGCUACCUCGGAAGGAGACGACGAGGACCAAGCAGGUCGCAAGCGCGCCUUCCGCAAGGAGCUGACUCUGCUGCGCUCCUCGCCUCUGGCGAAAGAGUCAGAGAUUGUGCAGAAGGCUCUCGAGGUGCUAGACGUGGGUGGAACCCCCGACCAGGGAGUCGAGUCGCUCGGUUCUCUCACCUCUUGGUACAUCUCCAAGGUCAAGCCUCGUCUUCAAUCCGUCGCCCUCCUACCCGAGCAGGCUGGUCUCCUAUCUCACAUCACCUCUGCCGUCCUCUCCCCCUUGCUCUUCACAAAGAGCGGCAACCCUCAAGGAGCAGAUGUUCCCAGCAUCUUGGCUCGCGCAGAAUAUGCCCUCUUGCAAAAGGGAGACUUGGAGGCGGCCACUAGAGAGAUCAACUCAUUGAAGGGAUGGGGUAAAGUGCUUGCUGAGGAUUGGCUGAGGGAGAGUAGGAGGAGACUAGAGGUGGAACAGGGAGUCAAGAUUGUUCAGGCCGAGGCGGCUUAUAAUAGCUUGCUCAAUGCUUGA